AUGCGCGGGUCGGCGACGGCAUCCGCGCGAUGGUGCGCCCCCGCGACGUCGAACAGGGCGGCGCGACGAAACCUCGCCUAUUUGCCGGGCCAGCAGCGCCAGCAGCGGCAGCGGCGGCAGCCCCAACUACCCUCAUUGACAGCGCAAAACUUCCGGUCGAAUCCCCCAACAGGGCAAGCCCAACAGAGCAAGCCCAACAGGCACACGAACCUGAUACUCAUCGGCGGCCGGGGAUGCGGCAAGAGCGCCCUGUGCCGCCGAAUCAUGGCCGCCGAGCCCAGGUUCAGCCUCUACUCCCUCGACGACAUCAUCGUCGAGUCCUCCGGCAUGAGCAUCCCGCGGAUGGUGCAGGACUUCGGGUGGAGGCACUUUCGCGAGGUGGAGUUCGAGGUUUGCAAGCGCGUGGCGCUGCUCUGCGAUCGGGGAUGGUGCCUCAUCGACGCGGGCGGCGGUGUCGUCGUGGACCUGGACGAUGACGGCGACGAGACGUACUCGCAGCGCAAGGUGGACACGCUGAAACGCAACGGCCUGGGCAAGAUCGUCUACCUCCGAAGGGACGUGGAGUACCUGGUCACGAGGACGUCGGGUGACAGGAACAGGCCGUCGCUGAGCGACGUCAGGAGCUUCGAGCAGGUCAUGGGCGCCAGGGCGCCGUGGUACGAACGCGCGGCGGACUACGUCGUGGACGCCACGGGGGGGAGCGUCGAGAAGGAGGUCAAGAACAAGCAGGAGAUCAAGCGCGAGGUGCUCCGGUACUUUUACCAAGUCACCGGCGAGGUACCGGCGGAUGAGCAGUACAGACCACCGACGGACGACGAAGACGACGACGACGAAGACGACGAUUAG